AUGCCUGGAUCGAGGCCCCCUGCAGAUGGGCCGCUCGACAGAGACGCUAGAGGAGGAGGCCUGGACGGAGGGGUGCAGGUCGCGACCGGCCGAGUCCACAGCAUUGCGUCAUUCGUAAGGAAUCACAACUUCACGUCCGUUCUCUUUCCCAUCAGUCAUUGCUGCUGGCUCAUCCUCAUCAUGAUCGUUACCGCAGCGGCAUUCAUGCUCGGCAUGUUCCUGCUCGUCGCCAGCAGUCACAUCCUGCGCAUGCCUACCCGAGGGACUGCCCUUUGCCGCCGCAGCCCUGCCGCCGUUGCGCUUUCCACCACCGCUAACUUAAUGCUCGGCAUGUUCCUGCUCGUCGCCACCAGUCACAUCCUGCGCGUGUCUGCCCAAGGGACUGCCCUUUGCCGCCGCAGCCCUGCCACCGUUGCGCUUUCCACCACCGCUAACUUCAUGCUCGGCAUGUUCCUGCUCGUCGCCACCAGUCACAUCCUGCACGUGCCUGCCCGAGGGACUGCCCUUUGCCGCCACAGCCCUGCCGCCGUUGCGCUUUCCACCACCGCUAACUUCAUGCUCGGCAUGUUCCUGCUCGUCGCCACCAGUCACAUCCUGCGCGUGCCUGCCCGAGGGACUGCCCUUUGCCGCCGCAGCCCUGCCGCCGUUGCGCUUUCCACCACCGUGGACUUCAUGCUCGGCAUGUUCCUUCUCGUCGCCACCAGUCACAUCCUGCGCGUGCCUGCCCGAGGGAAUUCCCUUUGCCGCCACAGCCCUGCUGCCGUUGCGCUUUCCACCACCACGUUGGCCUGCGCGCUUGCCUGCCGACCCAGAUGA